CGAGACUAUUCCGUACAACCUCGUCCUUCCCAUACUCUUUCUCUUCUUCCUCUUCCCUACUACACAACCUCCUCUCCUCACCCAUCUCACGUCCUAUUACGGAAUUCAAUCACCAUACUCUCUAACUGCCUUACAAUUUACUCUGGUCUGGCAACCCUCGAAAUCUAACUACAUAGCCAUGUGACGGAGCUGCAUGAAUAGUCGGGUUAUUGUCAAGUUGGACUUUUAACGGUCUGGCUAGGUGCAGAACUCGUGCAGUUUGUCUUGCCUCGACUAUUACUUCACGAAAUACCAUUGUCAUAGUAUUACAUAUCGAUAUUGACAUUUCAAAGUCAUAUAUUCUCUUAAUUCUUAUUAAUCAUCCACUCCAAAACCGGCAUAUACGAAACUCCCAAUAUGUCAGCUCUGGCGGUUCCUGAUACCGGCCUCCUUCUGGAGAGCUCGGCUAACUCGAGCGACCACCUGCCCUUGCAAGCAUUCGGCAUCACCUUAAGCGACAGCGUGAUUGAGGACAUGAUAAAAUGUGUACAAGGUGGGCAGGAGAUCGAAUUGACCCUGGGAAGCACUCCUAGCUUCCUCAUCGGUUCGAGAGAACAGAAGGUCAAAACAACACCUGAUUCAUACAACUACGACUUGUAUCUUACGAAACCUGAAGAAGCGGCAAAUAAGGCCCAGCGACUACUCAACCCUACUAUGUCUAUCCUAAAACAACUUCCUUCCAAUAUCAUAUCGAAUAAGACCAUCAAGAGCAAAUCUAAGGAUGUGAAGCGAGGAGUUAAGAGCAGCAAACCUCUGCCUCCUGGAAAGUCUGCUAUGGCCAGUGUAUUAUCAAAUUCAGCCACUCGGUCAUUACCUUCAAGUCCUGCGCUUAAUGGAGUUUCUUCGCCGAACCCGGCUUUCUCCGCCUCCCAGCAACUUUUAGAGAAGAAUAAGAACCAAAGGACUGUUCUCGUCCACGAGUUAGCGUCAAGAGACCAAACAUUCGAGCACCUGGCGGAUGUAUGGAAGGGGACUGAGGCGGACCUUAAACCGACUGUAGAGAAGGUGGCAAAUUUCGAUGCGCCAACUAAGAAGUGGAGUCUGAAGAAGAUCUAUUGGAAAGAGUUGGACGUAUGGAAUUAUGAUUACCGCAAUGACGAUCGCGCUGCGGCCAUAGAGAAUGCCAUCAAGCAAUACGACAAGCAACGCAUUUCGACAUCCGCGCCCGAGUGGGAGAAACUACUGGCUCCUUCUGAACGAGGAAAGGGUAUUGUCCUUAGUAAACUUCAAACAAAUCUUGCGAAGGGAAAUCUCACUCCGGUUCCUCGGGUAUCAUCGCAGAAGACCGACGACAGCGGGAACAAGAGUGAUGCCGAUGCUUCCAAGGCAAAAGGCGAGGCUAUGGCUCGAUCCAAUUCGCAACCAGUAGGAAAUAAGACAAAGAAAGUUAGUGAGCGCGAAGCCCAGACGAAGCGCCUCUUUUCCACGAGCACCAAGAAACCUGCGCCGAAGAAGCCUGCUCCCAAGCCAAAACCUAUUACUACCGAAGAAAAGGGAAGAAAGUUCCUGUCUGAAGAGAAGGUCAUCGAUUCCGAGAGUAGUGGGGAUGAGAGGCCAUUGUCGAGCACUACGACCUCGAGCGCACCGAGACCCAAGCCCAUCGAGAAGCCCGUUGAGAAACCUAUCGAGAAGAUCGCCGAAAAACUUAACGAGAGGCGUAUUGAAAAGCCAGCUCCGAAAGCAGUGGAGAAGCCAAAAGAGAAGCCGAAGGAAAGGCCCGCCCCGGUCACUCUCCCUAAGCCUAAGCCUGUUGUCAGGGCACCCCGACCACCAAUUAAGGCAUCUGCCCCAAUUUCUCAGAAGCGAGGUCGGGAAGAUGACGACAGUAGUUCGAGUUCCGGGGCACCGCUCAGCAAGCGAAUCAAGCCGAAGGAGCUUCCUAAGCCACUUCCAAGUACGACAGCUCUAAAGCAUCGCCCAUCCGAUGCAAGUCAAAGCUCAAGAAACGCAGUUGUGGGGACGGGCUCUUCAAACUUUUCAAAGAGCAAGAACACUUCACCCGCCAAAUCUUCGCCUCUUGCAUCGUCACCGCCGACUAAUGCCUCCGACAUUGAAGAGCAGGAGAAGCCACCCCAGCGUAAACCGAAACCCCAGGCUCGAAGCGGGGAGAGGGAGACGAACGGGAUGACGAAUGGUGGUGGCUCCUUGGGCGUUCAGAACAAGAAGCGAAAGGAACGAGAUGUCGAUCAGUACUCGUCACAGCAGUCUACUCCCAACAAGAAGCAGCAAGUGCCGAGAGACGUCCUGGUAAAGGCAAGAAUGUUCACGAAGUUUUACGAACGAUACGAGGCGUUGCAUUAUGAAAUAUCCGGAUUGAAGGAACCACCCGAGGACAAACUGGCGGACUUGCUGGACAUGAGGGAACGACUCGCUACCAUGAAGACGGAAAUCUCACAGGCCGUUGCUGCUCAUUAAUGCUACCUGCCUACACGCCACGCAGGAGCACUUAAAAGCAAUUGAAGAAUCGGAGUUGAGACCUAGAUCGUAUCGAUGAUUUUAUUUUUCAAGCAAGGAGCGAAAGCGGCCGCUUCAAUUCUGGACAGCAGGCUUGCUUUAUCUAACGAAGUCACCUUAUAUCUAUAAUGACGAAUGAAAGCGUAUCCAAAGGCGGCAGGUUUUGCAUUUUUAUUAUUUAUCGAUGGUAUUGACCAUCUGGCGAAAUAUUGGCUAUUGCAUUUUUUGGGGCAACUUGCUUUUUUUUAUACAACUGGAUCUAGCAUAGGUCGAAACAGGAACAGCAUGACACAACUGGCACAGGCAUUCGGAUACUUAUUACCCUGCAUAGGACAAAAAACGGCGUGGAUAUUUUGAUGCUCGGAACGUUUGAGAGCAUGAGGAGUUUUUUUUUUAUGGCGACUUAGCUACCUAUCUAACAAAUGUUGGCAUGUACACAGGCGUGGUAUGCGUCCUUUAAGUCUACUAUGAGACCAACAUGGAAUGAAUUAUCCUGA